AUGUCUGAAGCAACAUCAACAGUCUUCUUGUUAGGACAAGGAGCAGGAUAUGGUAUCUUAGUAGGAGUAGGUGCAUUAUUCGCUGGUGGUAUGAUCUUAACCACAAAAGGGUUAGCCAAAUAUCUUAGAGAAAACCAUCACAAUACCGAAACUUUCUCAGUUGCCGAUAGAAGUGUUGGGACUUUCCUUUCUGCAUCUGCUGUUUAUUCAAGUUGGUCAUGGGCUACUGAAUUAUUAUGGGUGAGUACUAUGGUUUAUUCAUAUGGUAUUCAAGCUUCUUAUUAUUAUGGUGCUGGUUUAGCGGUUCAAAUUGCGGUGAUGUCGAUGAUUGGUAUUCAUGCAAAGAAAAAGGUUCCAAAUGCUCAUACUUCUUUAGAAAUUGUUGAAUUAAGGUAUGGGAAAUAUAAUCAUUUAUUAUAUUUAUUUUUAGCUUUAGCUAAUAAUUUAUUAUCUUGUUCUUCUAUGAUUUUGGGUGCUUCUGGUGCUAUUUCUAUCAUUGCUGGUAAUUUGAAUAUCGUGGCUUCUACUAUGUUGAUUCCAUUUGGGGUUUUGUUAUAUACUGUUGUUGGUGGAUUAAAAGCUACUUUCUUAACUGAUUACGUCCACACUUUAAUCUUAUUGCUCGUGUUAUGUUAUCUUAAUACUGCUGUCUUGUCAUCAGACCAAAUCGGUGGAGUAGAUGGAUUAUAUGACUUAUUAAUCAAUUUCGACGGAAGAUAUAUCGAAGGUAAUUACGCUGGAUCAAUCAUGACUGGUAAAUCUCAAGGUGCAUUAUUUUUCGGGUUGAUUUUAACUUGUGGUAAUUUUGGUCUUACUGUUUUAGAUUCCUCCUUCUGGCAAAAGACUUUUAGUGCCAGUCCAAAAGCCACGGUUCCAGCUUACUUAAUCUCAGCAUUCUUGAUCUUCUCCAAUGUCUGGCCAUUAGGUUCCAUUAUUGGUGGUGCUUCUAUCGUGUUAGAAAAAGACCCUACAUUCCCAACUUAUCCACGUGCUUUAACCACCUAUGAAAUCGAAUCCGGGUUCGUGUUGCCAUAUGUCUUAAAAGCUGUCUUAGGUAAUGGAGGUGUUGGUGCUUUGUUAUUGGUCAUUUAUCUUGCUGUUACUUCCACCGUUUCAGCACAAAUGAUCUCAGUGUCUUCCAUUCUUUCUUUCGAUAUCUAUAAGAAAUAUAUCAAUCCUCAAGCACAAAACAAAUCAAUGAUUAAAGUUUCUCAUUAUGGCUGUGUUAUUUUUGGUAUUGGUGCUGCUGCUUUUAGUGUUAUGUUACAUUAUGUCGGGGUUAAUAUGACUUGGUAUGGAUAUUUCUACCCAUUGAUUAUCUGUCCCGGUGUUAUUCCUUUGAUUUUCACCAUUACUUGGGAUAGACAAACCCAAUUGGCCAGUUUCAUUUCUCCAAUCUUAGGAUUGAUCGGUGGUAUUACUGUUUGGUUGACUGCCGCAAAGCAUUAUUCUGGCGAGAUUACUAUUACUUCCACUGGUGGACAAUUACCUGCUUUGUUUGGUUCUUUGACGGCUUUAUUAUUACCUGGUAUUGCAAGUGUAAUCAUCUCAUUUAUUUAUCCAAGUAAAUUCGAUUGGACCACUUUACAAAAGGCCGAUUUAUUAAUUAAACAAGAUGAAUCUGCCAGCAAUUCCGAUGAUGAAAUUAAUUCUGAUGAAGUUGCCGAAUCUAUUGAAAAAACAGAAGAAGUCAAGGUCCAUGUCACAGAAUCAACCAAGCCACAACAAUCAGGAGAACAACAAGAUGAAGAAUCACUUACUACUAAAUCAAACCAACAGUUAUCGCCAAAAGAAUUAGAUUUCUGGAUUAAAAUCGCCACAGCAGCUUCUGUUUUUAUUUUGUUGAUAACUUGGGUUCUUUGGCCAAUGCCAUUAUAUCGUGAUUGGAUAUUCUCCAAAGCUUAUUUCCAAGGUUAUGUUACCGUAUCGUUGAUUUGGUUGUAUACUACUUUGAUUGUUAUUGGUAUCUUGCCGUUGAUUGCUGGUAGACAUUCAAUUGCAAAGGUGUUUAGAGGGGUUUAUCGUGAUUAUAUAAAGAGAAAUUAG